CUGGCACCCCUCUUGCCUCUUCCCCUGUCCAUGAUUGUGGGGGCUGGGGAGUCACUUUCCUGGAGUAUUGGGCCCUCAAAGUGGACAUGGUGGGGUGCCCUGUUGGCUAGGAGGGGAGAAGGGUGACAAGUAGCUGUGGGGUACUGGACCAGCACUUCCCGGUGGCUUUACUACCAGAAUGUGAUCCAAACCCCUGUGUAUGGAGAGGGCCCUGGGUUUCAGGCUGUUGAUGGCCAGAGAAGCCCUUUAUGGCUUCAAGUCUCAUCUGUAAAAUGAGGAGGCUGGAUGGAAGGUCUUCUGUCCCCAUGCAGUAUUAUUGGCAGCCCGGGCCCAGUGAGUUACUCCCUCUGCCUGAAUUCAGGGUCGCUCUGCAGUCGGGCCUGGGAGGAGACGAGCUUUUUCCAGGCUCGGCCCCAGGCCGCCCCUGCGUGGCUGUGACGUCGGCUUCUCCCCGCCCGCCUUGGCUGGUGACGCAGGUGGCCACGCCCCCGCGCUUACGUCACCGGCCCGGUUCCCUCUCCCGGGAACGGCGGCAGACGCGCGGCUCCCACCCCCUCCCCUCUCGCGGGUUCUCCCCUCCCCGGUGGCGGCCGCGGCCUGACCCUCUGCAAGGCGAUGGCCCGGGCCCCGAGCGCGGGCUAGUGUGCCUGGGUGCCCGGUCAUGGGCUGUAUCGGCUCCCGGAGCCCGGCGGGUCAGGGUGAAUGUUGGAGACACAGUCGCGAUGCUGCCCAAGUCCCGGAGAGCCCUAACUAUCCAGGAGAUCGCUGCGCUGGCCAGAUCUUCCCUGCAUGGUAUUUCCCAGGUGGUGAAGGACCACGUGACCAAGCCCACCGCCAUGGCCCAGGGCCGAGUGGCUCACCUCAUUGAGUGGAAGGGCUGGAGCAAGCCCAGCGACUCGCCUGCUGCCCUGGAGUCUGCCUUUUCCUCCUAUUCGGACCUCAGUGAGGGUGAACAAGAGGCUCGCUUUGCAGCCGGAGUGGCUGAGCAAUUUGCCAUUGCAGAAGCCAAGCUCCGGGCAUGGUCUUCAGUGGAUGGUGAGGACUCCACCGAUGAAUCCUAUGAUGAGGACUUUGCUGGGGGAACUGACUCAGACAUGGCUGGGCAGCUGCCCCUGGGGCCUCACCUCCAGGACCUCUUCACCGGCCACCGAUUCUCCCGGCCUCUGCGCCAGGGCUCUGUGGAGCCUGAGAGCGACUGCUCGCAGACCGUGUCCCCAGAGACCCUGUGCUCUAGUCUGUGCAGCCUGGAGGAUGGGUUGCUGGGCUCCCCGGCCCGCCUGGCCUCCCAGCUGCUGGGCGAAGAGCUGCUCCUCGCCAAACUGCCCCCCAGCCGGGAAAGUGCCUUCCGCAGCCUGGGCCCACUGGAGGCCCAGGACUCGCUCUACAACUCGCCCCUCACGGAGUCCUGCCUUUCUCCCGCCGAGGAGGAGCCAGCCCCCUGCAAGGACUGCCAGUCGCUCUGCCUGCCACCAGUGGGCAGUUGGGAACGGCAGCGGCAAGCCUCUGACGUAGCUUCUUCUGGGGUGGUGUCCUUAGACGAGGAUGAGGCAGAGCCGGAGGAACAGUGACCCAAAUCAUGCCUGGUGAUGGCAUGCGUCCCCUGGCUGCUGCUGGGGGCAGAACCUCGUGUCCACGUGUGGGCAUGAGGCUUCCAGCAGAGCUCCAAAGCCUGGAGGGCUCCUGGGAGCACUCACUCCUCCGUUGUGUGUUUUGCAUGAAAGUGUUCGGAGAGGAGGCAGGGCCAGGCUGGGGGCGCAUGUCCUGCCCCCACCCCUGGGGUUUGCCGGGAGUUGCCCGGGGCCUCUGGGGCAUGGCUGCAGCUGUGGCAGACAGUGAUGUUCAUGUUCUCAAAUCAAAAACGCCACAUACACAGUUCCUCCUCAGAUGAUGUGAAGCCCUAAGGGGGCGGUUUUGCCUGGGCUGCGUGGGACAGAGUGGAGGGAGCCCGCCCCCGCCAUGCCUCUCUCUCCUCUGCUUCUCUCCUCACUCCCGAGUCCAUGUGCAGUGCUUGACAGAAUCACUCCCACGCGGGGCGAGGCGGGCUGGGUGUCACCCCCUGGAGCCUGUGGAUUGAACCGUCCCCCAAGGGCCCCUCGCCCAGCUGGGCUCGUGCUGUGCUUCACCUCUCCAUCAUCUCUAAAUCUUCUUCUUUUUCCGUAAGAAA